AUGUUGACAUUGGUUCCAAUCAUCAGUUGUAUUCUUUUAUUAUUCUCGAACGUAUUUGGAGGACAAGAACUUUCAAUAUUUACUAAUGAUAAAUGUGAUACACCAUCAUCAUGGACUUCGUGGUUUAAUGUACAAGACCCAACGAUACAUAAUGGAAAUGAUCGUGAAGAUUUGACACACAUUCGGGCAUUAUAUAAAGAAGCAGAUCGAUGUAAAACUGUUUCAAAUGUUAAAUAUUCUGUAUUAACAAAACCAAAUAAUGCAUCCGGAUCUUAUCAAACAUUAAUUAAUCAUAAUGGUCUAUUUUGUAUGGGUUCACGGGCAUCACCUUGUCCUAAUUAUCAAGUUAGUUUCUGUUGUCCAUCUACAGAUCAGAGUUCAAUUAAACAAUGUGGCCAAACAUUUCGACAACCUCAUUUACAUGCAUCUGUUCGUAUAGUUAAUGGUAUUAUAGCUAAUCCUCAUUCAUUUCCUUGGGCUGUUUCAUUACAAUAUAAAGGUGUUCAUGAUUGUGGUGGAGCGAUUAUCGACGAAUUGAAUAUUUUAACAGCAGCACAUUGUCUGGAUUAUUCCAAUGAUCUUGGUAAUUAUUUUGCUCGUGUUGGUGCUCAUGAACGAAAUUCAUCUGGUGAACUGAUACCUAUUGCACAACUUAUUUUACAUCCCAAAUAUGAUGAAUAUCGUUCAACCAAUGAUAUUGGAAUUGUUAGAUUAGCCAGACCGAUUAAAUUUACAGAAACUGUUCAGCCAAUUUGUCUUGUAGAUAAUAUUGUUGAACCAUCCCUUGGUACGACUGCUUAUGUUGCUGGUUGGGGUAAUACUAUAUUUCAAAUGUGGGAUAGUUCAAGUUCAGUUCUUCGUCAAGCUCGACUUCGUGUCAUUACCAAUUGUUCGAUGUAUUUUGCUUACGAGCCUGAAAAACAAAUUUGUGCUGCUUCUAAUGGUCCUGUUGAUAUAGAUCAUGGAUCUUGUCAAGGUGAUAGUGGUGGUGGUUUGUUUUAUUUGAAAGAUGAACGUUGGCAUAUUGCUGGUGUAGUUAGUUAUGCUAAUGGAUGUGGACAAAACGCAUUUCCAACUGUGUUUACUAAGACAUCAGCUUAUAUUGGUUGGAUUCAAGAAAUGAUAAAUCGUCCAGUAUCAACAUAA